UCGUUGCAUUAGGUGCCGCCCGUAAUCUGCUAUUGCUCCUUUUGCUAACACUGCAGAGAGUCUUAUCUUUUGUGUUCUGUCAAGCUACCAAGUUGUAUAAACUUGUAGUCUUCAGUUUCAUAAAGACAGCAAAUAUGGCCACUGCUGCUCUACCUAAAAUUGAUUAUCUUCAGAAGAUAAGCAGAAACACCAUAUUUAAUGCCAGAACUAAUCAGAAGGAUAUACCAGUUGGAAGCCUCUGGGAAGAUGGCCCUGUUGUUAUCAUGUUCCUGAGGCGUUUUGGAUGACAAUUGUGCAGGCUUGGUGCUGUGAAAAUCAGCAUCAUAGAGCCAUUACUUUCUAAGCAUGGCAUAAAGGUGGUUGCGGUGGGAUUGGAAAUGUUGGGUGUGGAGGAAUUCAUUGAAAGGAAAUUUUUUCCUGACAGUGUUGACAUAUAUGUUGAUGAGAAGAAGACUUGCUAUCAAUGUCUUGGUUUUAAGAGGUUUACUCUUUUGAAUGUCUUCAAGGCUCUAGUCAGCAGUGUUAGUAGGAAAGCUAUUAUGGAGGCAAGGAGGAACAAGAUUGAAGGCAACAUGCAAGGAGAUGGUCUUCAGAAUGGCGGCCUCAUAAUAGUCGGUAAAGGUUCUAAAAUGCUAUUGUUUCAUAAGGAAGAGUAUCCUGGAGAACAUGUAGAGAAUGAUGUAAUACUAAAAACACUAGAAGUGGACGAAACAACAGUGGUAUCAGCAGAAAAAGCUGAUACUAUGGCAAAAAUGGAAGAAGAAGGACUCAAUUGUGACAAGGCUUGCUUUGGUGAUGAUCCACCAACAGCACAAGCUAAAAAGAAGAUGUUUGUUGCCAAAAAGAAAACAUAAGCUCCUUGUAAUUACGAGCGUAACUGUAAUGUAAUGUAGUACUAAAAAUUAGAUAAUUUUAUUUGCGAUGAUGGAUAGAAAUGAAGCGGAUGUGGUCAACCUUUAGGUCUACAUCUGCUGACGUUGCAUCUAAUAUCCAUCAAUCACAACUGUAACGGCAUCACUUAGAAAUUAUAAUUACAAAAA